CGGGCCUUCUCCCGCGCGCGAAAGGCGACGGCGUCAUGACUCUACCGAGAUUUGCAUCUUGUACGAUGACGGCUUGGCGGAUCCCAUCACAGUCCGACGGUGAAGGACCGGACUCCGAUAUCAUCAAGUACAUAAUGAUCUCAUUCCACCUCUUGUAGCUGUGUCUCGAUCCCAACUCUCAACCGCCCUGACCUUGACUCUCGAUACGAGCCAGACAAAACCAUCAAUAAAAACGAAAAUGUCAUCCCUACCACCACGAUCACUCAACCGAUAUCCCGCCCAGUCCACCGUCUGGGCUGGAAAAUGGAAGCUCUACAUCAUCCCAAUCAUCAUGAGCGGCUUCCUGCUGCAGAUUCUCUUCCUCGGCAAUAUGUCAUACCUCUACGGCGCCCUGUUCAAAUCCGGCUCACGGAUGCACAAUCUCAAGAUCCUAGCCGUCGACUAUGACGGUGGUGAUGUUGGCCGAGCGCUGUCGGGAGCUUACAGCAACCUGAAGUCUGAUGAGUUUCCUACCGUUGAGUUUGCAUCCUCAUCAGAGUACCCGACUUCCGAUACACUGCGCGAGGCCGUCUGUAAGCAUGGCUACUGGGGCGCCGUCUAUACGAACUCCGGCGCGACCGACAAGGUUCUGGCUGCUAUCGAAGGCGACAACACAACAACUUAUGAUGCCAGCGGCGCUAUGACCUACAUAUACAACGGUAUUUACUAUCCGGCUAUUGUCGCAUCAGUUCGAGGAAGCCUGCAGUCUCUUGUCACCGUCACAUCCAAGGUCUUCCCCCUUAUAUCGUCGGACGCCAUGGCGGCAGUCAACAUAACCAACCCGGCAUCAGCUGCUACCUUUCUUAGCCCCAUCGACGCGACCGUCUCGGAUAUCAUGCCAACCUCGCAGGGAGUCCGAGUCCUCCUCAAUACCGUCUCCCUAGUCAUGCCGAUCCUUAUGCAAUUCUUCUUCAUCAUGGGCGUGAACGCUAUCACCGCCAAUGCCAAGGUGCUCGACACGCAAUCCAAACGUGAUGUUUACAUCUUCCGACUCUGCGCCAGCAAGAUCUACGGCUGCAUUUCUUCUUUAUGCAUGGCUGGUUACAUCUGGGCCUUCCGCGAGAGCUGGGGCGUCACGGCCGGACAGUUCUUUGAGACGUGGAUGUGCCUCUGGUUCUACAUGGACAUCAACUACAUGGUCGUCGAUACAAUGAUCGGAACCAUUAUUCCUAUGUCAUUUUUUGCCUACUUCUUCCUGACCUGGGUCAUCUUAAACAUCGCCACCGUUGUUUACCCCUUUGAUCUCACACCAGGCUUCUACCACUGGGGAUGGGCCUUGCCCGCGCACAGCGUCUGGCUCCUGCUGGUCAGCAUCUGGUCCAACGGCUGCCGGGUGCAACUAGACGUGACGCUCCCUAUUCUGUUUGCCUGGUGGUUCGUCGGCCACUUCACCAGCGCUUGGUCGGUCCGCAAGAGGUGCUUGAUGGCCGAGGCUGAGAGCGAGCAAGCCAACAAAGACGAGAAGUUCACUCAAUACAACACCGAGCAGAGCCAGCAGUAUGUGCUUGAGACGGUCUCAUCGCGGGCCUCGAACCAGGGAAACAACGAUCGGACUUCCGAUAACUACGACGUCGAGGCGAACCGUCUUGGUGUAAGUCAGCCCGAGGGCAGCGAUAGUCGGACUGUCGUCGACGCGCCAGCGCCAUCACAGGAUGUUGAUGCUGCAAAGGAGCAGAGGCAAUGAGAACGUUCGAGACUGGAGAGAGAAGAGUAAUGGAGACAACUAAUCUGGCGUUUGCCGUAUUUCAAAGGCACUGGUUUAGACUUGAGGUUAUAGACAAGACAUGGUAUCACCUCGAUUUUGGACUGGUACGUGAGGAGAACCCAAAGAUGCAUCAUUAAUCAUUCCAACCUAAUGAUAAUAAUAAAUCAUUAUUCAGCCGAAGGCUGUCUCUACAUUAAUC